AUGUCCGACGGAACUGCCCCUACUCCAGUCGCCCGAGACGUCGAGCAGGACAUGACGGAGGACCCAAGCCUGAGUUCAGCAGAUGGAGACUGGGAUGCGGAGGCGGAACUCGAGCAAGCUUUCGAGACGGCAUGGGAUGAGCUCCAAGAAGACAUCAUGGUGGGCGAGCUUGAGAAAGAGCUUGAAGCGCUCUGGAAGGAACUUCAGAAAAAAGGUCUCGACAAAGUAAGCCCUGGGAAAUCUGAGGUGGCCGAUAUCCAGUCAUUGAUUGCCUCUCGUUGCACAGAUGGCGAAUCGGCAACCUCGCUGCUCUUGAUGUUCAAAGUCUGCCUCGAGCUCUCUGGUGGACUGCCAGAGGUUGAGGGAGAAUGCGACCCCGACAGCGAUGGCUGCGCGGAGGCAAGUGCCUCGGGUGAGCACGAGACUGCCUCCUCCAGCCCUUCUCUCAAAUCCACCAAAGCCGACGAAGCUAGCUUUCCGAUUCCCGCCCGGGCCGAUGCCGAUACAGCAUCCCUCCGCACCGAAAACUGA